AGUACCUGUAUUUCAGGCCGUUUCGUCAACAUCCGGACCUGUUCACGUUUGGGUUCCCUACCACGAACCACUGCUGGAGGUCUCCUUGCCCGGUAACCCACACCUUCGCACGAUCCCUCUGCAGUCACAGCGGCAUUCUUUCCCUCUUUUGUUGGCGACCGUCUCCCCCAGGCGCUACUCCCCCGACACCAGAGCCAAUACUUCGUCUACCGUCCUCUCUUCCAUCGAACAACCAGACACCAUGGCUGCCCCACCUGCACCCUCACCCUUGGAGCUCGACCCCAAGUACGAUGACUACGAUUACCCGACGACGGCGCCAGUGCCCCAGAAUGGCCAUCCCGGCUACCUGACGGCGCAACAGCAGGCCCAGGUGCACCAGCUGCGGAUGGCGCUCGAGGCCGAGGGCUACACCGAGCGUCUCGACACCUUGACACUGCUGCGGUUCCUGCGCGCUCGCAAGUUCGAUGUCGAGGCUGCCAAGAAGAUGUUCAUCGACUGCGAAAAGUGGCGGAAAGAAAUUCACCUCGACGAGACGCUGCCGACGUGGGAGUAUCCCGAGAAGGAGGAAGUCUUCAAGUGGUACCCGCAGUACUACCACAAAACCGACAAGGACGGCCGCCCCGUCUACAUCGAGCAGCUCGGCGGGAUCGACCUGAACGCCAUGUACAAGAUCACGACAGCCGAGCGGAUGCUGACGAACCUGGCGGUCGAGUACGAGCGCGUGGCGGACCCGCGGCUGCCGGCGUGCAGCCGCAAGGCCGGGGUGCUUCUCGAGACGUGCUGCACCAUCAUGGACCUCAAGGGCGUCGGGCUCACCAAGGCGCCCCAGGUCUACGGUUACGUCAAGCAGGCGAGCGCCAUGAGCCAAAACUAUUACCCGGAGCGGCUCGGCCGGCUGUACCUGAUCAACGCCCCCUGGGGUUUCAGCACCGUCUGGGGCGUCGUCAAGGGCUGGCUGGACCCCGUGACGGUGCAAAAGAUCCACGUGCUAGGCAGCGGCUACCAGAAGGAGCUGCUCGCCCAAGUGCCCGCCGAGAACUUGCCCAAGCAGUUUGGCGGCAAGUGCGAGUGCCCCGGGGGCUGCGAGAUGAGCGACAUGGGCCCGUGGCGCGAGAAGGAGUGGGCCAGGCCCCCUAAGUGGGAGAGGAAGAAGCAGGAGGGCAGCGCCAUCCCGACGGAGGUUUCCACGAUCCAGAAGGGCGCUGACGCCGACGCUGGUACGCCCGCGGUUGCAGGGGCCACGAAUGAGGCCAAGACCGGUGCCGCCCCGGCUGCUGCGUAAGUUGCAGGUUGGUGGGCGCGAGUUGGAGCGGGGAGUUGGAUGGUGGCCGGACUCUUGAGUCAUGCUUCUUGACGGAUAGCUCGUGCGGCGCGGCGCUGUACAUGCAGUUGAGGGAGGAACCCAAUACGUUGCCGUUUCUGUGCGGGUGUGAAUCUGGGUACCCUUGGACCCCCGUUUGUGACCUCAAUCGG